AUGACACAAGAUCCACUGCAGUCGCAGGUAUUGGAGGGUCAGCUUUCUGGAAAAUUGGCAAAGUACGACAAUGUAUUGGAGAAGAUAAGCACUUUUUCCCAAGUUUCAAAAUUACAAGAAGUGCUAAGUAAAGAACAAGUCAAAUGCAUUGGGCAAUUGGACUCUUACAUAGCCAACACGCGCGCAACAACAAAUCAAAACAUCAGGAAACUCGAAUUAAAUAGAGCAAAGUUGACAAAGACUCUCUCCCAGUUCCAUCAGGCGUUAGAGAACAUAUCCAAUUCUAGCAACCUAGCAAGAGACAUAUCAGGAAAGAUAGGGUCGGUGGAACGCGAACGCAAACUGGUAGCAAAGACAUUGAAAUUUGUUACAGAUGUCAAUAACCUUAAAUUGAGUAUUUCUGUCGUUAAUGAGGCGCUAUCUGAGGGCAAUUUGCCUCUAGCUGCCAAGAGUAUUGAUGAAAUUCGAAAACUGCCACAUGGUGUGAUUGUAUCAGAAUUCGCUAAGCGCGUUGUUCCUUCCAGUGACAUCCCAGAAGAACCUGAACAAUUAUUGAACCAAUGGAUCUCUCAGCUAUCAGAUAUAUUUCAUAAGAACUUCCUCGAGGCUGCACAACAAGAAGAUGUUGGCCAGUUAACAUCCGUAUUUCAAAUGUUUCCGCUGAUAGGGCAAUCAGAAUUAGGACUGGAUCUUUAUUCGAAAUAUGUUUGUGACAUAAUUGCAGAACAAAGUCGAAAGAUAAUGACCAAUAUAACGAGUAAAAACUCAGGCUUUUACGCGCAAGUGUUACUACAUUUGUUCAAAAUCGUGUCAACCAUUAUAAACGAGCAUUCAAAAAUCAUUUCCAAAUACUACGGAAAAGAGCACAUGAUUCACAUUAUGAAGAAAGUUCAAAAGGAAGCAGAUAUGCAGGCAGGCUUGGUCCUCGAUACUUUCAUCGACAGUCAAAAAAUUGAUCGCACUAUAAGUGAUAUAAAAGAAUGGGACACGUUGUCAAAACAAAAAACAGACGAUCAAGCGCUAGAAGAACCCAUUCAUCUCAAUGAGCUUUCCAGUUUGAUAAAUGACUUCUCGGCAAUCUUACAAAACUGGACUAUGUAUUGCAGGUUUUUCGCAGUAAAAUGGAACGAAUAUACAAAUGAUGGCGAUCUUACAUCAUUAGUUUUACCAGAGCCUAUUGAAAAGGGCAAGUUUUAUUCGAAAAUUCUGGAAGAAGGAUUCCUUUCUAACUUUGAGGUAUUGGACAGGCAUUAUCUCUACCAGUCAUUCAGCAAAGUCCUUGCUUUGGAAGAGCUACCGUCAUUGAAUGAUUAUAUUUCCUACACCUCUUUUAAGCAUGAUGAUAUCUCUACUUACCCGCUUUCUUCCGUUGUGGAAGAUGUCACCAUGCUGAUUCGAACGAGUCUAAUCGUAAAUGUUAAUACUGGAGAAACUUCUGUGCUGUCACAUUUUCUCGAUGUACUGGUGAAAUUCAUUCAAAAUGAAUAUUUGGUCAAAUUCCUUCAAUCAAGGCUGAGACAAAUACAAACCAGGUUUAACAGCUCCCUUGGAUUACAAAAGUAUGUCCCACCUUCUGAAUCGGUUCACCCUUCGCGGGCAGCUUCGCCUAGUGCAGCCGAAGCGGGAAGGCUUUCUCAUCUUGGCUUUUUUAAGGGGGCAGCUUCUUCUGCAUUUUCCAACAUUCAGUCCAAUUUACAAGCAGUAUACGCCGACGAGGAAUCUGUAUUGAAGUUACACCACUAUCUGAUCUAUAUCAACAGUUUAAGCAUCGGCUGUAAGUUUUUUCACAAGCUAUUGGUGAAAGAAUUGAUAGAGGAUAACCCAAGACUUUUGCAUGAUAGCUUUCCAUUUCAAAAUGAUUCUCAGAUGCUUGUUGAAAAGGUCAGAACAACUGAAGAAAUUAUUUUAACUCAAAAUCAUAAGCUACUCCAAUGGAGCAUACGCGUCAUGUUCGACUCUUUACUGCAAGGAAAGUUCAAAAAGAUGUCUUCACCACUAUUUGUUAACGGCACUGACAAUGAAUACAUUGCUACCUCUGCUGAUUUUGAAAACAUGCAAGCUGUUGACGAGUUCAGAGUUCAAUGGAGGCAGAUGAUGAUCCCUUUUCAAAAUGUACUUCACAAAGAUUCUUACCUCGAGCUUCUUACAUUAAUAGUUGAUUAUCUUGUAAAGAACAUUGAACCGAAAAUUUUACACCUGCAGGUCAACGAACUUGGUUCAAUCAAGCUUGAGCGUGAACUAAGUGUAUUAAUAACAACGGUAUGUUCUGAGAAUUAUUUCUUGCGGGACAAGUUUGCCCGGUUGACACAGAUCAUUUUGAUUUUGGGUUUCGAAGACGACGACUUCGACACUGUUAGUGGAGAUGUUAAGCAAGAAAUAGUAGAUAACAUUGGAUGGAUAUUAAAUCCGCAAGAGCGUAUUCAAGUUGCGAAUUUAAGAGUCGACAAAAGACAUUAA